CAGAGCUAGACGGUGGAGUGCUGCUGCCGCUGUGGGAAUUGAUGUUAUUAAAACUAACAACAUCUCUCCGUUUUUUAUUCAAAAUCUAUUUUGGACGCCUUCAAACUCAGCGUGGAAGUAAAUAUUUCUGUUUUUGUUGACUGUUCAACCGUCAACGGUCGACCGCGGCGAGUCAAGUGGGAACUCUUCACUGCAAUUAACUUGUGUGGAUUUGUUUCUGAUGCUGUGACUGAGAGAGAGACGACAGUUUGCGGCUGUCUGUUGAGGGUCUGCCGGCUUGACUUUUUCCCUUGUUUGUUUGUCUUUCGGUACUCGGAAUACCUCGGAUCUUACACCAAAACUGGAGUGAUUGAGGUGGCUCCUGCCUUUUCAUUUCUCACCUGGUUCUCCUCCCCCUCCCUUUAGCUCCGGCUAAUGAGCCGUUUCCCGUGUUUUUCCGGUUGAUUUACGGCCGCGCUGCCGGUGGAGCGGGGGAGAGACAACGACCGAAACACAGCGAAGAGACAGCGAGGAUUCUCGGUAAACGGUCCGUGAAGUCGGACGGAGCGGCGGGGCGGUCGGUUUUGUUUGAAAUUAACGACAGUUGGUCCUGAUACUAACGGCAGAUGGAUUUGUCUCCGUGAUCCGGAGCGCCUCACAUCCUCGCUGUGCCCGAAUUUGAUCCCUCUGAGUGGGGUUUUCAAGAAGGAAACGGUCGCAUCCUCCCGGAGAUAACAAUGUUUCCCCAGGGGCGACACCCGACGCCUCACCAGGCUCCAGGCCAGCCCUUCAAGUUCACCAUCCCGGAGUCACUGGACCGCAUCAAGGAGGAGUUCCAGUUUCUCCAGGCACAGUACCACAGUCUCAAGAUGGAGUGUGAGAAGCUGGCCAGUGAAAAGACGGAGAUGCAGAGACACUAUGUCAUGUACUACGAGAUGUCUUACGGCCUCAACAUUGAAAUGCACAAACAGACGGAGAUUGCCAAGAGACUAAACACCAUCUGUGCACAAGUCAUUCCCUUUCUCUCACAGGAGCAUCAACAGCAGGUGGUUCAAGCUGUAGAGCGAGCCAAACAGGUGACCAUGGCCGAGCUAAAUGCUGUCAUCGGGGUACGUGGACUGCCAGGUCUUCCACCUACACACUUGUACAUCCGCCUCACUCCCUCACAAGACCUGACAGUGCAGGCAGCAGCUGGGUCUCUCGGCUCUCCCCCCUGCCCCUCCACUUCUCCGUCAUUCCUCCUUUUCCUCCCUUCCUCCCCCUGCUUCUCCCACCACAUCCUCGGGCUCUGGGCUGUGAUCCCAGCUGUCAGUAUUGUUCAGUGUUUGACCCCAGAGGGAUGA